CUUUUGCACUCGCCCUAGCUCCUUCCUCCUAUAAAGGCAGCCCCCGCCGUGCGCUCUGCCCAACCACACUUUCUCUAAGUCCUAGCCAUCCGUCUUGCAGCUGUCCUCGGACUCCAGCCACCACUUCAGCUCGCCAUGGAUCCCAACUGCUCCUGCGCCACCGGUGACUCCUGCUCCUGUGCCGGCUCCUGCAAAUGCAAAGACUGCAAAUGCACCUCCUGCAAGAAGAGCUGCUGCUCCUGCUGCCCCGUGGGCUGUGCCCGGUGCGCCCAGGGCUGCAUCUGCAAAGGAGCAUCGGACAAGUGCAGCUGCUGUGCUUGACAUCACAGAGAGCCUGCCCCCUGAUGUAAAUAGAGCAACGUAUUCAAACCUACAUUGUUUUGUACAACCCUGACCUGUUUGCUACAUUCAUUCCCUUUCUUUUUUAUAAAAUACAUGAAUGAUAAUAAAAGUUGCUGCCUUUA